AACCGGAAGUUAAUUCAGACGAUUCCAAAAAAAAUCACAUGACGAGGAGGUGCAUCAUAAUUUACAAGGAUAGAAUGCUGUAGAUCUUGUGACACGGGAAAAACUCAAUGAUUAUGCCGGGUCCGGAAGAAAAUGGUGUUCGGAGCACGGGGGGUCAGGUGGACGACAUGACGAUGGCCCUGAUUGAUGCAGCCAAUGAUAGGACUGAGGAAGGUCAGGAUCAAAUAUCCCAGGCUCUGUUUGACCUUGGAAAGCGCAAACCUGCCCUGGUCCUCAGUUCCUGUUACUGCUAUCUGAAAAAGCAUACAAAGCUCGUUCAGGAACACCGAGUGAUAUUACUGCAGUGUAUGGAGAAAAUUGUGAAAGAGACUUUGGAUCAAGUAGACACAGGAUUGGCCACAGAUCUCAUCAAAUUGGGGGCAAUGGAAAUGACAAUGUCAAAGGAAGUGGUGCCUGACUGGCAGAAUGCAGCCAGUGGUCUCUUGGUGGCACUAGGAGAGCAGUACUGUGACGAGGUGAUGUCGGAGAUGUUUGAAAGAUUUCAGCCUGGCACUCUACCGCAUUAUUUUGUUGUCAGGACUAUAGGCAACUUAGCGCAGGCUAAUGUUUACAGAAUGGUGCCUCACUUGACUGCUGUUCUAAGUACCACCCUUCCAAUGCUGGGGAUGGUCAAACAUGAUAACAUGAAGUGGGUGUUCUCUUCCGCCUUGUCCAAAUUCAGUGAGGCGAUCAUCGAAUAUUGUGCUAACAUUGACAAAGCCCCGGAUAAAUCCAUCACUAGGGACCGAUUCUCCCAGGAGAUUGGAUCCGCCUUUGAUGUCCUUUUCACAACAUGGCUGCAGUCCAAGGAGGCCAAGUUGCGACUGACAAUUGUAGAGGCUAUGGGUCAUAUGACACAUCUGAUGGCCAAAGAAAAAUUGGAGGAAGUUUUACCCAGAGUGCUACAGGGAAUUCUAUUAUUGUACAAGAAGCACCCUGAACCAUUCCACAUCACACAGGGAUUGUCAAAUGUUCUGGAUGCUGUGUGUAUAGAGGGGAAUACGAUACUGGAGCCACAGCUAGAGGGAUUGCUGUCAUCGCUGUUUCCACAGGUUUUCAAUCCUCCGGAUUACUCUAACCCAUUAAGCAUAAAGAACCACAAUGAGGUGCUGCGAUGCUUCGCUAUACUAGCUAGGCCAUUUUCUGGGAAGUUGACAGGAAUCCUGCUACAGAAAUUGGAGAACGGCAAUGAGAAAGUUCGGAUCGGAAUUCUGACUAUUUUCAAACAUCUCAUUAAUGCUGCAAAUGAUGCUAUGGAAGACAAACAGGAAGUGGUCGUGUCAGGACUAAAAAUGAUGCUAGCCGAACAGAACAAUAAGCUAAAGAAGAUUUUCGCACAAGUUAUCAUUGCUAUGGCUCAUCAUGGUUACCUGGAGUUAGAGGGUGGGCACCAGAUGAUAGAGUUCAUCGUCAAGCAGUGCUCCCUCCCAAACGACCCUCCAGGCAAGCGUUCACCUGACCCAGAAUAUGUGAGUAACCAAGCACUGCGACUAAUGUGUGACAACGUGCUACAACUUUUGGCGACAACUGUGGAGGACAUGGAACCGGUCUUGUGGCCAUUUUUGCUGGAGAUGAUUGUGCCAGAACAGUACACUCAGGCAGGUGGAGUGGUCUGUAAAUGCCUUGCUCACCUGGCCAACAAAAAACGGGAGGAGAAAGCAGAGGAUUACGAACUGGACUAUGAAAUGCAGGCAAAUACACCCAAACCAAAUGUCAUGAUAGCAAGAUUAAUGGUUUUAGCUGGUUGUCCUAAAAACAACAGAGAGCGAGGAACACAUGUACUUCAGCUGAUGAAAGGGAUGUCUCCAAAUCUUGAUGAUCGUCUGAUUGAUCUCUGGGACACAGUAAUACCAAAACUAAUUCAGUAUCUGGAUGAUUCCAAUAAAGAAGACAGCUGGUCACAGAAGAAUUGGGAAGAUCUCGCACUAAAGUUGCUCUCCAAAAGUUUGGAUGUGAUUGAGAGUGAAGAUUGGAUUGCAGAUUUAGGAGAAACUUUUGGGAGCCAUGUUUCACUGUACAAUUCUUACCCAGAUGAAAAGAACUUCCUAUACAAGUGUUUGGGUGUAAUAAUGAGGAAGUCUACCAAGAAAGACUUUGUCAACAAACAUUUGGAUUUGAUAUUCAGUACAGUCAAACAUACAGACCAAGUUGAAAGGGAGGGUGCAGCCAUUGCUAUGGGAUUCUGUGCAGCGUCGCAUCUGGACCCAGUCCUUGGAAAACUGGACUCUGUAGCCAAAAAUGACAUGGUCCAGAAGUCAGGUGGACUCUUCAAGUUCAUCAAGGACAAGUCUGAAGCAGACAUUGAGCGUAUCAAGGCCACGCUUAUGUUGUGUUACGGUUAUGUGGCUCUCUUCUCCCCGGUGAGCUUGAUAGUGUCCAGAAUGGAGGCCACAAUAUUACGCAGCAUCACUCCUCAUUUUGUUAAUGUGAAGACUCUUCACAGCAUUGAUCUGAAGAAAUGUAUAGUACAGUGUAUGAAUCUGAUGGGUAAAUCCUUCCAUCCAGAACGAGUUAAAAGUCUCAACUUUACAUUCUCCCAGAGGCACGAGUUCUUAGUCUGUCUGAAGAGUUAUAUGAAGGCUGAGAGUUUGACUGCGUUGACAACAGAGACUAGGGCUCUUGCAAUGAACGCCUGUGCCACACUAGUUAAACUAGAUCCCAAGUUAUCUGAGGCAGAGGAAUUUGACCUGAUUAAGACAGCCACUGACUGUCUUUAUUCUCUGCCAAAAGAGGGCGCUGCAGUGAAGAAGGGAAAACAGGAAGGGAUGGAACUAGAGGUCGAGGUUCUUCUGGAGUCCUCGUUUGAGUCACUCUAUGAUCUACUGAAGGAACUCCUCAAAAAAGACCUCACUACAGAUGGACUGGACUCCAUUUUCAAGCACAUUGUUCCAUGGUUAUUGUCCACACAUGACCAUGAACGCGAGCGAGCCCUGCGUACACUCCUUGUAUGUGCUCAUUUCCUCCUGGAGAACAUGGACCCAACGGAAAGUAAAUUUACCAAUCAAAGCACAGUGAUUGCUCGACUUGUUCCUCGAUGUACUGACCCGGAUUUAGAGGUCCGACAGCUUGCCAUAGAUUGUAUCUAUGUAUCAUUAAAAAUUGCCUCAAGGAUAGAAGGUAAUCCUGCAGAUUACAAAGAUGCUAUGAUAGACGCCAUGCCCACACUCAAAGAGAGGCUCGUGAAGGGAGACCCCAGCAUCCUAUUCAGUGUCAUUAAUGAUCUCUCAAAGGUGAUCGCCAAGAAGAUGCCAUCAGACCAAAUACAGAACUUCUUGGAGGUUCUACAGGAAGGACUCCUGGACCCUCAAUCCCAUAGUUCCUCUGGAGCGUGUGUGGUGCUGAAUGGCAUAAUGAAGACCCGCGGGACUGAGAUAAUUAAACAGGUGGAAAACAUAGUUACCUCCCUUCACAGUAAGUUGGCCACCAUCGAUUUCCCACAGACCCGCACAGGGACACUUCGCUCAAUACGGACACUGGCGACUCAUCACUUGAGCUUGGUGCUCAAAACGUUGAUCAGCUACCAACUGCCUUAUGACAGUGACAUGGUUGAGAUUUGGCAGACCCUUUCCCAGGACCCUCAAAUCACCACUGCAAUGAUUGACCAAAUGCUUGGGAUGCUUCAUAAAAGCCUGCCAUAUGAGGAGAGGAAUAAUGAGGAGGAAAUCACCAGGACAGCUACCAGUACUCCAAUGGCAGUGACAUGUGCCAUGAAGAUCAUUUUUGACUGUGAAGAGACAGAGGAGCAAGUUGUUAAAGCCUACCAUACACUGAUGGGAGCAUUGAUGCUGCGAAUAGGGUCAUCUGUCGGCGUCAAGCCAGCCAGGCAGAAAGAGAUGGAGAGAGAUGACAAACCCAAAGGGAAGAAGGCAGCGCCUGUCACCUCGAAAGUUCCCGAGCCUAGCCAGGCAGCCAUAGAAACAUUCAGAUCUUUCCUAACAAGAACAAAAAGUACUGACAUCAUUGAUAUUCUAACAGAAGAGGAAUGCUGGGAAAAGUUUGAAGAAGAGGAGAAUUACCCAGAGGCCUUCACAAUACUCACAAGGGCUAUGGUGACUAGCAGUGUGGCAGGGCCUCACAUGUCCGAGAUUGUGGCCUCACUGACCUCAGCUCUGUCUAGUCUGUAUGACCUGCAGAGAGUAGUUGUGGCUGCUUUCUUUGCAGAGCUGAUAAACCAGAAAUGUAUGGAUAAUGCUGACUUAGUGGAACUGGUGAUGAACAGUUUGUUGGGGCGUUUAGUGGACUCUUCACAUAAAGUCCGCAUGUUGUGUAUUCGGGGUCUCGGAAACAUCGCUAGUGUCGGCUCAGAACUGGUAAAGAAAUACUCUACAACUGUGCUGUCAGCCAUGAUGGCAGGAAUGGAUGACAAGGAAGAUCCUGAUGAUGACAUCACCACAGAAGCCAUGAGUGGGUUGUCACGGAUACUCUGUGAAAUUGAAGAAAGUCACAUCCGAGCUAUUCUUAUUAACGUCUCUCUGAAAAUCCGCCCAUGUUUUGAAAAGGAGAAGCCUGAUGUGAGAGCUCAAGCUAUUAUUUUAUUUGGAAAUCUUUCCCGCUUUGGAGAUGGUCCUUCUAAAGCCCCAUUUUUGGAACAAAUUCACAGCAAUUUAGUCAGUCUUCUUCUGCACCUUAAUGACCCAGAAACCAAGGUCAAAAAGGCCUGUAAAUUCUCCCUGAGACUGCUGGGACCUCUGAUGGGGUCAGAGACCAUUAAUGACAAAUUCCAGCGCCAUCUCCUGGAGGAUGCUAACCUUAUCUAUGGAGAAUUCCUAAAUGACCUGUCCAAGCUCAUGAUAGAGGAGUUUCCUGACAAGAUUAACUUUUAUGUCAUGGGGUGUGUCUCCUUCUUCAAAAGCCUGUGGUCAGAGAUUAAGAGCAAUGCUGCACUUUUUGUGGGUUAUUUGCUGGGUAAUUUGCACGAGUCUAGACAAAAUGUGAUAUCCAAAGAGCAUGUUUGUUCAGCAUUAAUCAUGUUGCUGAAGGACCAGACCCCUGCUGUACGCUGCCGAGCUGCAGAGGCCAUCAGCCUGCUGUACGAGUACUAGAUUUGUCAUGUCAAUGUGCUGGAUAACAGUUGGUUUCAGAAAGCUUGAAUCUGAGGAUGAGACCUUCUAUUUAUGGUGGAAAAUUUUCACUGACCUCUAAAACUGUGCAUUUUUGCUUUAUGAAGAGACUUGGUCAAACCUCUUGAUUUCCCAUAGUCCCAGUGCCAGCUUUAAGUUCAUCUUGUCAUUUUAUAAUAUGUGUGUUAUUGUGAUGAAAGAAAUCGUACUGUAUGAUAUUUAAUCUAACAUAUCCUGAUGAAUAAUAUAUGCUUUAGAACAAAUCAUGUGGAAGAACUACAUCAAUAUUAUAGAGACAAGUUAACAGAAAGAAUGUAGAUCAUGUAGAAAAUGGCUUGUCUGAUGAAAUUAAGAAUUGUAUAUAUUUUCAAUUAUAAAAGCAAGUGUGUAAACAAAUAUUUGCAGAAAUUGCAGUGGUUGCAGUGGAUAUACACUCUUGCUUAAUUAAUACAAGUUACCCCUUAAGUUGACCAAGACAAAAUUUAUUGAAUAAUAAACAUGUUCACCAUUGUACCUAUAACAUGAUAUUCAUCAUUCUACCUAUGAUGCGAUAUACUCCUAUUUACCCAUCAUCCAUUCUAUUUUUGAUUCAAUUCGUUAAUCCUUUUGUUAUUGAACUAAACAAAUUAAUGCUUCAUUAUUGGGCUAUUUGUGCAAUAUAUUGUUUUGGAGGUAUCUAUAGUUAAACAUUGAGAAAGUUUCAAAGCCAUCAAAUUUAAUUUCAUGUCUCAGGUUUUUCAUUCACAUGAUACAUUAUCAUUACAAUAUGUCAUUUUUGCACAUCUAAUGUGUAUCUAUUUUUCAACUUGCUAUCCUUUUGAUAAUGUUAUUUUUGGUGUUGUUAUAAAUUACUUGUUACUGGGGGGGGGGGGGGGGGGGGGGGGGGGGGGGGGGGGGGGGGGGGGGGGGCUGUACAGUAGCAUUCAGACAUCAAAAGAGUCUUCCUGAUUGUGGAAAAAUUUCUGUACACAUAGUUGUAGUCAAGACUUCCAGCUAACACCAUCUAAAUAGAAGAGUUUGUUGCAACUUUAUAAUUUGGUUUUAUUUUAAUGAAUAUUUGUACAGCUGGGUCCAGAAGUGUAUUGGGGUAUUUAUACAAUAGAAAUUUGGGAGUUACAUAUAUUAAUUUAUUUAAUGUGAUUGUUAUAUGAUUGUAUGUUCUGUUGGUAAAUGCUGUUAAAAUAUUAUCUAAAUGAAAAUGCAGUGAACAUGCAGCUAAGGCCAAAAUAAGAUUUAUCAAUAGUUUCUCAGACACUGCUGCAUCAGUUGAAAAGGUACCGCAUGGAAUUUUUUUCCUCAAUUUUUAUUUGUUUCUUUAUGAAAACAAUGUAAAUCUUGUGUUAAAGAUAUUUGUGUAAAACUUUCAGAAUUAGGUUUUAAUAAAAUUGCAAGUAUAUCUUUGAUCAAUCAAUUAUUGAAUGCAUACUCAUUCAUGUGCAAGUGUUUAAGAAUGAUAGUAUGCGCUUAGUAGUAAGUAAUGUGAAGCUAUUUUUUUAUAUAUAAAAAUAAAAAUUCUAUUUCUUAUUCUGUAUAUGAGAAAGUUAAAGGCAACUCACACUAGUCAAGUUAAAAGAAAACCUUCCUGCUUCAUCAAAAAUUUGAAAUUUUGUCCUGAGAAACUAUUAAUUUGUUUGGCCUAAUAGACAUCUGCUCUAUCAAUGUAUAACAUUGUUGAUAUUGUUUAUAUAUGAUGCAAUAUGAAAGAUGUGUGACAUUCCAAUUUCAGUAGUUUUAAUUGUUGAACGGAGAACAAUGUGAGUCCUCUUAAGCAAUAAAUAUAUGCCAACUGAC